AUGGCAACAUUUCAACAGGCAGCUAUAUAUCAUGUCUCGCAUGUUGACUCAACAAGCCGUCAGAGAAGUACUAUCUCUGUUUAUGAUUUGGAUCGAAAUCUGAUUCCGACUUCACCACCAAAUUUGCCAGUUCCUAAUCAAGAAACUGAAACCAGAAAUUCGCUACAAGAACACAACCACGGAAUAGAUUGGGACUUCUUAAAAUCAUUGCCUGGAGUUGGAAAUGGGUUGGAUGAGGCCCAAGUAGAAAAAGCUGCUGAAGAUUUGAAAUCCUUUCUUGAACCUCCUCACAAACCGAUUUUAGGAAAAUCCCAAAUUGUUGCCUCUCCUUGUGACAAUCCGUCAAUAGAUUCUCGUUGUACAAUCAAAAGUAAAAAUAAUAAUGGUAAACACAAGCAAGAAGGAAGAGAAGGCACAAGCAAGGAUGAAACAACAUUGGCAAAUGAGGGAACCAAAAUUGAAUUCAGAGGUGGAAUCUAG